AUGUUUAAGCGCGUCGUAGUAGCGCUCGUCGUCUUGUCCGCUAUGGUCACUGCUUCUUUAGAAGAGGCUUCUGAGAAUCCUAGAAAAGCCGUGGAACCGACCAAGGAGGAUCUUGAGAAAAUGUUGAAUUAUUUGCUCCAUCCUCGGAGCCAUGGCCAUCGCAAGCUCAAAAGACAUUGCGGAGUUUCUGCCCUCAGAAAACUAGAGACAUUAUGCCCCGAUUUCUGCACCGUCCCAGGCAAUACCAUAUUGCACUCUAUGUGCACUACUCGAAUGACUGACGAAGACAUCAGGACGGGUUGUUGUCCCGAACUGGAAUGA